AUGGCCUACUGGGAUAUCCAGGUGUAUGGUACAGCUGCUGAGUCGUGUGGUGAUAAUCUGAAGAACUGGUCGCUGCCGCUGCGGCUGCAACCGCAUGCCCGCCGCCUGCUGACGGCCUGCUGGCUGCUCGCCGCCGUCGCGCUCCUCCUGCUGCUGCUGGGCGUCUUCCGUUCAGACUACGCGUCGCAGAGGCGCGCCGCGGCCCUACAGCGCUGCUCGCGGGCGGCCGUCGCCCUUGCCUUCACUGCUGACCGCUGCCAACUGCUGCACUCGGCGCCACCGCAGCAGCGCACCGUGUACGUCAUCACCCCCACGUACCGCCGGCCCGAGCAGCUGGCCGAGCUGACGCGCCUGGCGCAGACGCUGAUGCACGUGCCCGCGCUGCACUGGCUCGUCGUAGAAGACGCGGCCCGCACCACGCCCGCCGUCGCCGAACUCCUCGCCAGGACCGGCGUCCGCUACGACCACCUCGUCGCGCCUAUGCCGGAGGAGUGUAACAUCCUACCAGGAAGCAAACCACGUGGAGUGCCACAACGAAAUAGGGGCCUGCAGUGGAUAAGAGCAAACGCAUCGAGAGGUGUCUUGUAUUUUGCUGAUGACGACAACUCUUAUGACAUUCGGUUAUUUGAAGAAGUGCGGUCUACUGAGAGAGUAGCAAUGUGGCCUGUAGGCUUAAUCGGAAGUUAUGGUAUCAGCACACCUGUGGUUGUAGAUGGCAGGUUAGCAGGUUUCUAUGAUGGCUGGAUAUCUGAACGAAAAUUUCCUGUAGAUAUGGCAGGGUUUGCAGUGAGUGUAGAAUUCCUGUUGCAGAGACCAAACGCUUUUAUGCCGUAUGAGACUGGGUUUGAAGAAGAUGGUUUUUUGAAGAGUCUAGCGCCGUUUGAGCCCAAUGAAAUAGAACUAAAAGCAAACAACUGCUCCAAGGUACUGGUGUGGCACACUCAGACUAAGAAGAAUGAACCAUCAGCACCACUAGACAUUAAAAAAUACAACAACACUAAUUUGGUACUGCUGAAGAAACAAAUUGUGUAGAGAAGUUCGUUCACCGCUGAUACAAAUGUAGCUAAAGUGCCAUUGUAACUUUCAGAACCUAUAAUUUGAAUGUGUUUUCUGCUGAUUUCUUUAAUUGAAAGUCACAUUUCAUACUUCUGUUUAAGUACUGAAAAUUUUUGGCACUAAGACUGGAACUGAAUAUUUUAUUGGCAAUAAACUCAUUUCAUUUUCUGUAAUUUAAAAACCAAUAAUUAUAUUAAGAAAUUUGUAGCUGUGAUAUGUUACAAUAUGGACUGAAAUGUACCUACCUGCACACAACUAAGCUGUCAUAUUGCUGUAACAGUUGAUGCUACUUUGUUAAAGGAGGAUGUAACAAGGAAUAGAUUAUUUAUUUGAAGUGUGUCUGGGUGGUAGUGUGUCAAGAAAGAGAGAGAGAGAGAGAGACAGAGAGAGGGAGACAGAGAGAGAUAUACAAAUGAUAACUGAAUAUAAAGACAUGCUAGGUCAAGGACAAGAACUGGUAAUAAAAGUAUUUUUACUGCAGUUAUGCAAUACAUUAAACAUCGAGACCUGGGAAUCGUAGAGGUCAAUAAUAUAUUUAUUUUCUUGAAGAUGAUAUUCUAAAAUAUUUUUAUCAUUCAGCCUAUCGUUACAACCCGCUUUGUACAAGAUACAAACAUGAAAUGCUCUAGUUGUGAGUACCCUUGCUAUCGCUCCAGGAUUGUGACACUUGUGGAUUUUCCAUGUGUUUCAUAUAUGGCUUCAUAUAAUAAUGUGCUGAGUCCUGUAACUGUUUUGUAAGGCUGUCCAUUAAAAACACAAACAGUCUGUUGAUUCGCCGGUUAUUGUAUCACUGUACUUUAUAUCCUUGAAAUAAAUUUUUCCUCUAAUUCAUAAAUACUGUAUUAUUACCAAAGUGAAUGUCAAGUACUCAACUUUUGAAACAGCUGUAAAAGCUGAUUUCUCAUUAGUGGUGUAACGAUGAUUGAUUGUGAAGUAUUUCUCCUAAGACAGCACUGAGUGGUUGAAAAGAAACUGGCAAAGACAGUUAAACAAUUUAUCAGACUUUAGUUUUGUACAUAUUAUGGAAGCUGUUUCCUAAUAUGAAACUAAAAAUACUUCAACAGGAACAAUCAUACACAAUGGCAAUAACUCAGGAGAUAGGAAGUGGUUUCUCUUGCUUAUAACAAUUGUUAAUGAUUACUAUAGAAAUGAUUAAGUCCGUUGUAAAUUGUAAAUGGUAACAUGCUGAUGGGAAACGUUGUUCCAUGCACCAAAAACGUAUAAGCGAUUCACAGAUUGUAAUGUAGACGGUAAACUACUUAACCAAACAAUUUUUUAGAUAAAUAGUUGCUAUUAGCUACAAAUUAACUUUAUUACAUAACAUCUACAGAACAAGCAGCCAUUAACUACUAGUUGUAUGUGCUAGAUAAGUGCCUCAGUUUACUGAAAUCAAAGCUAAAAUAUUAAAUCUUAAUUUUCAUUGAGGGGGAAUGAGGUAAAGGUGUUGGCGACGGACAGCCAACAAAACAUUAAGAGUGUAUACCUUAAUGUUCAAUGGUGUCAAGGCUUAGCAACUCCUUGAAGUAUGGAAAGGAUGCAAUUUGUAUCACCUAUGCUAUAACAAAACAGACACAUGUUUUAUAACCACAGUAACGUAAACAGAUUUAAUGUGAAUGUAUUCAACAUCUUAGAGCUAUGAGCAAGAGUCCUUUAACAAGAGAUUUUCAUUAUACCGGUCCAUUAACUUCAUACAUUGUUCAGUGUCAUUUACUGAUAUACACUCCUGGAAAUUGAAAUAAGAACAACGUGAAUUCAUUGUCCCGCGGAAGGGGAAACUUUAUUUACACAUUCCUGGGGUCAGAUACAUCACAUGAUCACAAUAACAGAGCCACAGGCACAUAGACACAGGCAACAGAGCAUGCACAAUGUAGGCACUAGUACAGUGUAUAUCCGCCUUUCGCAGCAAUGCAGGCUGCUAUUCUCCCAUGGAGACGAUCGUAGAGAUGCUGGAUGUAGUCCUGUGGAACGGCUUGCCAUGCCAUUUCCACCCGGCGCCACAGUUGGACUAGCGUUCGUGCUGGACGUGCAGACCGCGAGAGACGACGCUUCAUCCAGUCCCAAACAUGCUCAAUGGGGGACAGAUCCGGAGAUCUUGCUGACCAGGGUAGUUGACUUACACCUUCUAGAGCACGUUGGGUGGCACGGGAUACAUGCGGACGUGCAUUGUCCUGUUGGAACAGCAAGUUCCCUUGCCGGUCUAGGAAUGUUAGAACGAUGGGUUCGAUGACGGUUUGGAUGUACCGUUCACUAUUCAGUGUCCCCUCGACGAUCACCAGAGGUGUACGGCCAGUGUAGGAGAUCGCUCCCCACACCAUGAUGCCGGAUGUUGGCCCUGUGUGCCUCGGUCGUAUGCAGUACUGAUUGUGGAGCUCACCUGCACGGCGCCAAACACGCAUACGACCAUCAUUGGCACCAAGGCAGAAGCGUCUCUUAUCGCUGAAGACGACACGUCUC